AUGACAACCUCACAUACAUUAGCAAACACCAACCAACAAAACAAAAAAUUUGAUUUAAUUUCCUGUGGUUUCUUUUUAGCUGGAGAAGCAGAUGGAACAAGAAGAUACAUUGCUGAAACUAUGUUGGAAGAGUUGAACAUUAUGGCGGAAGAAGAAGGCCAGUUUGAUAAAAGCAAAGUUCCAAAGCUCCAAACUAUCUGUGGGUGGAUAACCAGCUAUGCUGCAGUAUUUUAA